CAUCUCAGUCUCCUCCAUCUCCCCCACGAGGACGUCAUCUCCUGUCUCACAUUCAAGAUGGUUGCCCAAUACACCAUUGCCGGUCGCCAAGUCGGCUCCCACGUUGUACGUCGCCUGCUGCCGCUUGCCAUGAUCACCCUCGGAUCGAUGGCUGGUAUCAGCUUCCUCGCUACCGGUGGUGAGAAGAAGUCCAAGGAGCAGGGCCCCCCGAUCAACGCAACGAGCAAGGACGAGGAGAACUUCAUCCAGGAGUUCAUCAAGAAUGCGGAGGCUUCUGGCACGGCUAAGCACUAAAUUACGGCGAUCUUUAUUGUUUUCUCCCUGGAAGAUUGUUGAGCGUGGCGCGGUAGAGGCCAUGCAGAGGAUAGAAAUGCGAUAUUCAUUGGCGGCAGUAUAUAUCCAGAUCCUCAACCUUUGCAUUCAAGAAUUGCAUACCUGCUCAUGUUCGCUAUGAAAUCAUUUCAUUGUUUCCAUGUGUCCGAAAAAUAAUACCGGUUGCUACUACGAGCCGAGAAAGCCAG